AUGGCUCUAUCAUCACAUUCUUCUCCUCCAUCAUCACAGACCCAGGAGCUAGCGCAGAUUGAGCUUCAGGACCAGUUAAACCUUCACAGCAUCAAGGCUCUGCAUUAUAUGCGAAGCCAGCGGCCUAAGAAUACAUCAAGGGUUUAUGUUAGCAAGCAUAAAGAAUGGCAGAGCUUCUGCAAAAAGCAGGGCUUCCCAGAUGGCGAAUUAGUUACAGAGAAGAAGCUUGUCUACUUUCUUGGUACUGAGUUCCUAAACCGGCCCCUCCGGUCCUGUCAAUACAAAAAAGAUCGCACUCGGCCUGAUGGAUCAAAGGUUGAACAAACUCUAGGGACCAAUUCUAUUACGCAAUAUAUCAAUGCUAUUGUGGACCUCUGGAAGUUCCAAAAAAGUAUUGGGACGAAUACCUUUCCUAACCCCCGUGGAUAUGCCGUUUCGGUCUUGAUGACCGGCCGACUACAUAAGGAAAGCGAGAGAAAGCGCGAGCAAUAUCUUGACCGAGCCGCAGGCACCCUACAAGAUGGAUAUUCUAAGGACAAGAUUAAGGACUUCGUACGAUACUGUUGGCAAGGGUGGAGGUCAAAAGACCUUAAGCAUCGAAAGCCUCAGGCCCAGGAGUCUUAUCUUCGUACGGCCGUGGAUUUCCUUUUCAGUCAUAAUAUGCUUCUUCGUGGAGAAUCACGCCGGCGGCUCCAAUUUCCUGACCUAUUUACUAUCUCCUUGCCUAACGAAGGCCCGACCCCCUGCUGGCCAAUGAUUAUGAUGAUGAAUAACGGAAAGACAAAUCAAUUUGGUCGCUUGCAAUAUAUGGGAGUAAUACGCCAUCAGGAUCCACUUCUUUGUACGAUGAGCCAGGCAGCUUUUUAUCUCUUUUAUCCCUGGCAGAUAAUAGGAGAGUCACCACCGCAGUUUCGGAGCCGACCACAGUGGUAUAAUUUCCACUUCUUUAAGGGCUUAGAUCAAGAGAAGCCUAUCUCGUACGAGAUCCAGCUAAAAUGGGCUAAUGAGGUCUAUAAUGCAAUCAAUCUCUCUACUGACAAGAAGACGCAUGCUGGCCGUGCCCAGGGGUCAAAACAAGCCGAGCUAGAAGGCGUGGAAGAGAACCAGAUCCGUCGCGCUGGUCAAUGGAAUCAGGACGCAUUAACUAACUGCUAUCUGACGCAUCUACCGCGGAAAUUCCUUCGUUCAAUGGCUGGUUUCCAGCCUGAUACAAUUGGGAAUUACUAUCUUCCCCGAGCAAAAAUUCAACCUCCAGAUUCUCUCGUACGAGCUCUCUGGCCAUGGGUCGAUCAGUGGCUUGCUUGGUUCCAGUCUAAUGAUCCUACAAAUAAGCCACCUAGCGUGGCCGUUAGUCAGGAACAGGAAGACCGAGAUGAUAUGGCAGCGCAAGGCUUCUUGCAGCUACUAAAUCAACUACGGAUAAUCCUCCUCCAAGACUCAGUUCUCCUACAGGCGCAAUUCCCUGGGCAUUCUAUGUGGGAUGACCAUAUCUUCGUACGAGAAGACUAUACUACAUUUGCAGAGCAAAUACGGCAGUCCCUUCCUUGUACAGAGACCCCUCAGGAGAUUCAGCUCCGACAGACGCUUCCAAUUAUUGCCGAUCGCCUUAGUGUCCUCCAGAAGGAUAUCCAUCAGGCGGUUGAUCUUCAUGGUUAUCAGGCUCAUGAACAGCUUAGAAAGAUUACUCGCCAGCUUCAUGAUCUUCUUUCUGGCCAUGUUACCUUUGCCGUACGAGCUAUGGAUGCCUCUAUUAUUGAAGCGCGGACACCAGACUCAGACUCCUUCACACCCUCUUCUCAGCUAGCAGCAUGUCUAUCAGAGGUAUCAUCUUUGCAGCCUCCUAUAGAUAAGCAGCAGCUUCUCCCGAAGAGGAUCAGUACUCCCUCUUUAUUACCCCCCUCUCGAUCUCUCUACUCGCUCUCUCGUACGAUCCAGACUGUGCCAGAGGUCUGGGAGAGUGGACAUGUGGGUUAG